AUGCCAGACAUUCCAGGACCGCACAUCAGCGAGCAACCAGUUACACUCCGCAACUGGCACCGCCAUAUUGCUUGGUUUAACACGACUUUUAUCAUUAUAAUACCGUUAUUUGGCUGCAUUGCCGCUGUCUCCACACCCUUGCGACGACCGACUGCCAUCUGGGCUGUGCUCUACUAUAUUUGGACUGCGCUGGGUAUUACCGCGGGCUAUCAUCGGCUUUGGUCACAUAGAACCUACGAAGCCGGCCUACCGCUCAGAAUUUUCCUGGCCUGUGCCGGUGGAGGCGCCGUGCAAGGCUCGAUUCGCUGGUGGAGUGCGAAACAUCGUGCCCAUCACAGAUGGACUGACACAGAGAAGGACCCCUACAAUAUCCGAAGGGGCCUCUUAUACUCCCAUGUGCUAUGGAUGAUACUGAAGCAGGACCCCAAGCACUGUGGUCGGCCAGAUAACUCUGACUUGAACGAAGAUCCAGUAGUCAUCUGGCAGCAUCGCAAUUAUAUCAGAUUUGUGCUUGGCUUUGGUUUGAUCCUACCGAUGGUCAUGGCUGGCUUGGGGUGGGGUGACUGGAAGGGUGGCUUGGUGUAUGCUGGCAUCUUGAGGAUGUUCCUAUUCCAGCAGGCGACGUUCUGUGUCAAUUCAUUGGCGCAUUGGCUGGGAGAUCAGGCCAGUUCUCAUCCCUUUGACGACAGGAACUCGCCUCGCGACCAUAUUUUUACCGCGUUGGUCACACUUGGUGAGGGCUACCAUAACUUCCACCACGAGUUUCCCUCGGAUUAUCGCAACGGCAUUGAGUGGUGGCAGUAUGAUCCCACCAAAUGGGCUAUAUGGACCUGGUCCAAGUUCCGUCUGGCCUCGAACCUCAAGCGAUUCCGCACCAAUGAGAUUGAGAUGGGCCGUGUGCAACAGAUGCAGAAGAGACUUGAUCAGAGGGUAGCCACUCUCAAAUGCAGUAUUCCUCCGAAUUAG